AGCUGUACACAGCAGCAGUCCAUUUCGCUUAGGAUAGGCGGCUGCUCUAGUUGUCGAGUCCCAGCCUAUGCCGUGCAGCUAUUGAGGUGGGCUACCCUACUUUGGAGCGGAGCAGAAAUAUUGGACGCGUGCAUCUCUGUUGGGGGAACAGGCUACAACGACAACGCGAUAUUCGACAAGAUCAUACAAAUCGGAAAGAAAGAUUACAUUAUUGAGUACGCUUUGACCUAGCAUUGAUGCAUCGGCCGAGAGGCGGAGGCUAUUCUGCACCCACAAGAGGAGACUGAUGCAGGAUUGAGUCUUUGUUUUUUUUACCUUAGUUCGCGUGUUUUACAUAUAAGACAUUAUAAACUUCGUGGAAAUGACGUUAAGUCCAGUCAGUUUGCGCGCAUGAUAUAUACGGGUUUCUUUAUUUUUGCAUCAAUGUGAAGUGGAUUUUUUAAUGCGGACAGAUACCUACUCGCUAUAUGGUUGUGUUUAGUAUUCGGAGUCUUGGCUAGCUCGCUAGCAAGCAAGCAAGCAUACGUAUAUUAAAGUGAAUACAGGAGAGGAAUAACAUCCCGUUUCCAUGGACAACACGUCCAUCAUAACCCAGGUUGCAAAUCCAAAGGAGGAGGAAAUAAUUUCUUCAAGUCAAGAGAAAGUUUCCCAGUCCAACAGCAGCCUAAAGAAGCAUCGGAGCCGGAGCAUCUUCAGCCCCUUCUUCUGCUGCUUCCGCAACUACAAUGUGGAAGCACCCGCCCCCAACAACAAGCCCUGCGCCCUGCCCCCGCCGGCCGAGGAGAACGGCAGCCCCCCCAAGUGUGACCAGGUCCAGGUAAUCCCCAUCCCUAGUUCCCCGGCCAAAUAUCUCCUCCCUGAGGUCAGCAUCAAUGACUACGGCAAAAACUGUGUGGUGAUCGAUCUUGACGAGACCUUGGUGCACAGCUCUUUCAAGCCUAUCAGCAAUGCCGAUUUCAUUGUUCCGGUGGAGAUCGACGGAACCGUUCAUCAGGUGUACGUCCUUAAGAGGCCUCACGUGGACGAGUUUCUGCAGAAGAUGGGCGAGCUGUUUGAAUGUGUGCUGUUCACAGCAAGCUUAGCCAAGUAUGCAGACCCCGUGGCGGACCUGCUGGACCAGUGGGGGGUGUUCCGGGCGCGGCUCUUCAGGGAAUCCUGCGUGUUCCACCGGGGGAACUACGUCAAAGACCUCAGCCGACUGGGCAGGGAGCUCGGCAAAGUCAUCAUCGUGGACAACUCCCCCGCCUCCUACAUCUUCCACCCAGAGAACGCUGUCCCGGUGCAGUCAUGGUUCGACGACAUGACAGACACUGAGUUACUGGACCUCAUCCCCGUCUUCGAGGGCCUCAGCCGAGAGGCGGAGAUUUACACCGUACUACAGAACCUCCGGGCCAGGUAGCACCACCUCUUACCACACCACCACCCCGGCCCGCCUCUCGGUCCGGCCUCUUGACCGCUCCCCUCCGGCCCAGAGGUCUCCCUGCAGACAGGCCCGCUGGGCUGCAGCUCUGGCUAAGACUCUGGCUGUUCCGGUGGCUGCCUGAAGAGGGCGCCACUCUGACCCACGGAGCACGACAGCAGAGGCGGUGGCAUACUCACGUGGCCACACCCUCAAGGGGCGGAGUCUAAACAUCCUGCCGGCUGUGAUCUUGGGGCACCAGUGAGACUGUUGGCAAGGAGACGUGUACAGUACAUACUAUAUGUUUCUAAUUCUGACCUCCAGUUGGGGAAAAAAAAAUAAGAACGAAAACAGAACAACCUAAUUUUUAUACCAGAGGGAGACAAGAGUUAAGUAUCCUCUUAAGUCCUAUAUAUUUACCAAAAAAAGUCAAAUAAAAGUGAACAAAAAAUCGUAUAAAUAAACAAAAGCAAAUUGCUAUUUUCAGAGAGGUCUUGGAGACAUCAUCUCGUUUCGUCCUCGCUAUGCAGUCAGUGUCUCUCUCUCGAUCACCAGUAGUUCCAACAACUGUGAUUAUCUUCUCGUAACCCAACCAAGUGCCUUCUGACUGAUCUUUAUAUGAGGAUGACAACAUUUUUUAUGCUGCAUAUUUACAGACAAACUCGAACCUUUAAAAAAAACAAAAUACACGAAAGAAAUGGAGAAAUAUGUCUUUUGUUUGAAAUCCUAUUUAUGAAGAGGACUUAUGAAGUGCGUUGCCACAAGUAUCUAAAGGAUAUUUACUGAUCGAUGGCUUACGUUGACUCUAAGAUUCGUUCUCAAAUUUUGACAAAAUAUAUUGUCUUAUGAUCAUUAUUAUAUGGUGUUUGCAUUCAUGGGCUAAUUGCAAUAUGACUUAUUAUGAAACGAUAUGAUAUACAGUAAAAUGCGAAAACAGCUGUAUUUGUUAAUCAACAGCAAGCCAAUACAAUUGCAAUUUGAUAUGAUUUCAUCAUGGAGAAAAUGAACACUGCAGAAAGUGCAGUUUCUGAAUUAUAUCCUGCAUACUGUAUGUUUAAAUGAAUCUAUUUUGACCAAACUGUAAAACAUAUAUCAAUAUAUCCUCAAAGUGUAAUUGAAAACAAAUUGCAAGUAUGUCAGAAGCUUAACAGAAUAGUACAUACGAUUCUUGAAUCAUGUUCCAGUGAUAAGUGGCAUUAUUAAAAUAAGUUGGUUCUCUGCCUCA